AUGUUGUUUGAAACACUUAAAGCAUUAGGUAUUUGUUUUAUUCCCCUUAUUACAUUAUGUUUUCUACACAUAGGACUCCACUAUAGUGGGGUAAUACUCUGUAUGGCCAAUACACCAGUACCUUUUCUCUUGGGAACUGUAUUAUGGCUUCGAUCUGAACAAGUAGCACGUGCAUACGUAUCCUCUGUUGGACAUCACUGCAGUUAUAAAGAGAGACUGCCUGUAUCAACUAGUGGUCCUUCGCGUGUAUCACCUGUAUUACCUGCAAUUCUAUCACUUAUUAUGUUUCUAUUUACCUUCUGGCAUCUCUUGGCAGUGGUGCUUCUCAUUCUAUGGACGAUAGCUGUGAAAUAA